GCUGAGCAGAGACUCGAGAUGAGAACUCAGUUUCCUGCAUCUGCUGAAUCUCUAAAACCCCGGCUGAAAAAAGCUCCAGAGUUUCCUAUUUUGGAGAAGCAGAACUGGUUGAUACAUCUCCACUAUAUCCGGAAGGAUUAUGAAGCAUGCAAGGAUGUUAUCAGAGAACAGCUUCAGGAGACUCAGGGGUUAUGUGAAUAUGCUAUCUAUGUCCAAGCAUUGAUAUUUCGCCUGGAAGGAAAUAUCCAAGAAUCCCUAGAACUCUUUCAGACGUGUGCUGUUCUCAGCCCUCAGUCUGCUGAUAACCUCAAGCAGGUGGCCAGAUCUUUAUUUCUUCUGGGAAAACAUAAAGCUGCCACUGAAGUGUAUAAUGAAGCAGCUAAACUUAACCAGAAAGAUUGGGAGAUCUGUCAUAACCUAGGAGUUUGCUACAUUUACCUGAAACAGUUGGACAAGGCACAAGACCAGUUGCACAAUGCCCUACAUCUUAACAGGCAUGAUCUGACUUACAUAAUGCUGGGCAAGAUCCAUUUGCUGGAGGGAGACUUGGACAAGGCCAUCGAAAUCUACAAGAAAGCAGUGGAGUUCUCACCAGAAAAUACAGAACUUCUCACAACUUUAGGAUUACUCUACCUCCAGCUUGGCAUUUACCAGAAGGCAUUUGAACAUCUUGGAAAUGCACUGACUUACGACCCCACCAACUACAAGGCCAUCUUGGCAGCAGGCAGCAUGAUGCAGACCCAUGGGGACUUUGAUGUUGCCCUCACCAAAUACAGAAUUGUAGCUUGUGCUGUUCCAGAAAGUCCUCCACUCUGGAAUAACAUUGGGAUGUGUUUCUUUGGCAAGAAGAAAUACGUGGCAGCUAUCAGCUGCCUGAAACGAGCCAACUACUUGGCACCCUUCGACUGGAAGAUUCUGUAUAAUCUGGGCCUCGUCCACUUGACUAUGCAGCAGUAUGCAUCAGCCUUCCAUUUUCUCAGUGCAGCCAUCAACUUCCAGCCAAAGAUGGGGGAGCUCUACAUGCUCUUGGCUGUGGCUCUGACCAACCUGGAAGACACAGAGAAUGCCCGGAGAGCCUACACAGAAGCAGUCCGCCUGGAUAAGUGUAACCCUUUGGUAAACCUGAACUAUGCUGUGCUGCUGUACAACCAGGGAGAGGAGAGGGGCGCCCUGGCCCAGUACCAGGAGAUGGAGAAGAAAGUCAACCUACUCAAGGACAGCAGCUCCCUGGAAUUUGACCCGGAGAUGGUGGAGACGGCCCAGAAGUUGGGAGCUGCUCUCCAGGUCGGGGAGGCACUGGUCUGGACUAAACCAGUUAAAGAUCCCAAAUCAAAGCAGCGGACCACUUCAACCAGUAAAGCCGCCAGUUUCCAGCAGCCUCUGGGUUCUAAUCAAGCUCUAGGACAGGCAAUGUCUUCAGCAGCCGCGUAUAGGAAGCUCCCCUCAGGUGUCGGAGGAACAUCCCAGCUCACAAAGCCACCAUCUCUUCCUCUGGAGCCAGAGCCCACGGUGGAAGCGCAACCAACUGAAGCAUCAGCACAAAUAAGAGAAAAAUAGGUGUAGGAUGAGCCGAGAGUUGGGGUUUCUUGGGCGAGGAUGUUCCAGAUUAGGAAAGGUCCCGUGACACAGGCAGCACGGAGGCCAGCACAUUCCCUGGGCAUCAGGAGCUGGAACGCAGAACGUGUUACGAUGAUCACGAGGAGGCUGAGGCCUGCGCAGCCCCUGCUGCCCCGUCAGCCAGAAACGAGCGAGAAGAUGGCCCAGACAGGUUCCCGAAGAAUUGAGAGCAAGGCUUCGGCUCUAUGUAUGUAGUUCCAAGAGCCAGCAGGGCAUGUGAUGCUAUCUGUGUUGGAAAGGACUUUCUCUUGGCUGGCGGACCCCUUCCUUUGUGGAAGGAAAGUCUGAGACAGACCUCCGCGCAGCAGUCCUGUCAUGACAAAGCCUUGUCUUAGCUGAGCUGAUCCUUGGGCUGUGUGGUAUAUCAGCCACUGAAGCAAACACAAAUCUUUGAUGAAUAAUCCAGCUCUGAUAGUCUAAAAGAAAAAAAAAAUGAUGAAACAAGCUCUUUAAAUUGAGGCCCAGGCUACUGAGUAUCCCAGCUGCACUUGCCCAAGAGCAUCCAGAACAAGUCCCUGUAUCUUGUUCUUGAGAGGUCAGACUGUAGAGCCAGACCGUGUCAGGAUGAAAAGAAGUAAAGGGCUGGUCUGGUGUCAGCACCAAGGAUUUAACAAAAAGGAAGCGCUGCUUAACUGAGGAAUUUUUAUUUGACAAUCAGUGAUACCACUGACCAGAUGUUAUCAAUACAUUAUAUCUAUAGAUACUUGAAGAUUAUGUAUCAUCCCUUUGGGGAAAGUUAUUCAGGUAUAAAAAUGAGGGAUCACAAAAAAAAACUUUUUGAAAGAACCUUGUACCUGCCCAGUCUUUGGGGCUUGUGGAUUUGCAGUCUCUCAUUCACUCUGUUGAGAAAGGAGCUAUUCUAAUUCCUAGUAUGGGAGUUGCUCAUGUCAUCACAGGAAAAUUACAUGACAAUUAGAAAAAUGAGACCAAGUACACAGUUACAGAUACAGACAUGGUUUUAGAUGACUCAAAUUAGAGGCAAGAAAGCGGAAGUAUGAACUAGCAACGGGAAAAGUGUUCUUCUUACUGAAUAAUAUUAGUACAAAACGAAGUAAAAUUUUGGAGUGUAUGAUUACAAUGAUCAUUUUGUUCUUAAGGAAAAAUCCCUAUUGUCUGAUAAUAGAGAGUAGCUCACAAUGGACCAAUCCUCCCACAGACAACAAAUAUAAACCAGUGGGUAAAUGUAAAAUACUAUCUUGGUUUAAUUUAAAAAAAAUACACAUAACUGUUCCAAGUAAAAAUUAUAACAUUAUAACUAAAGGACAAGGGGGUAUAUGGAAACUUACGGAUGAAAGGUUUUUAUAUUUCACAUGAUAUGGUACAAAACUAAUCCUAAAUAGUUUGUGAAAAGUUAAGGCUGUAUAUUAUAAUCCCUAGAGUAACCAUUAAAAAGAUGCAAAGAAGCACAGCUAUUGGGUUGGCCAGAAAGUUUUUUUUUUUUUUCUGUAAGAUAGCUCUAGUAGCCCUUAGCUGGAAGACUGUAAAAGGCACCUGGAACAGUUCUUUACUCAAAAAGAUAAAAAGUUUUGGGAAGAUGAAGUUGCCUGAAAAAUGGCAGAAGGUAGUGGAAGAAAAUGGUGACUAUGUUGUUCAAUAAAGUUCUUGGUGAAAAUGAAAAAUCCAUCUUUUUACUUAAAAACCAAAGGAACUUUUUGGCCAACCCAAUAAAAAGACAGUAGAGAGGGGGGUAAAAAAACAGAUGGAACAAGGAGAAAAUAAAUAGCAAAAUGUUAAAUGUAAAUCCAGUCAUGUCAAUAACUACAUCAAAAUGUAAUUAGACUUAAAAAUGUAAGUGGACUAAACAUGUCAGUUGAAAAGCACAGAGGGGCUUACCUGGUGGCACGGUGGUUGAGAGUCCACCUGCCAAUGCAGGGGACAGGCGUUCGUGCCCCGGUCCGGGGGGAGCCCACAUGCUGUGGAGUGGCUGGGCCCGUGAGCCAUGGCCGCUGAGCCUGCGCGUCCAGAGCCUGUGCUCUGCAACGGGAGAGGCCACAGCAGUGAGAGGCCCGCGUACCGCAAAACAAACAAACAAACAAAAAAACACAAAGGAUAAAAAAAGCCUGAUACUAUAUUAAUGUUAGAUAAAGUAGGCUUCAAAAUGAGGGGUGUUACCAGAAAUAAAGGGGGGCAUUUCAUAAUGAUAAACAGUCAAUUCAGUAGAAAACCAUAAAUAUGUACGCAACUAACAUUACUUCACAGUACAUCAAGUAAAAAUUGAUAGAAUUUAAUCCACGAUCAUAGUUGGAUAUGUUAGCACUUUUUCUUUCAGCAAUUGAUAGAAUUAGACAAAAAGUGUAAAAGGACAUAUUGGCCAGCUUGUCAAUUUCUGUUGACAUUUAUAGAACACUACAAGCAGUAACUGUAGAAAAUACAUUCUUUGCAAGUGCACAUAAUACAUUUAGCAAAACAGACCAAAUACUGGGCCAUAAAAUAAGUCUCAAAAGUCAACAGAUUGAAAUUUCCAGAAUAUGUUCUCUAUACACAAUGAAAUUGUAUUAGAAAUUAAUAACGAUAUCUAGAAAACCUACAUAUUUGGAAAUUAAACACACAUACUUGUAAUAAGGAAGAAAUCAAAAGAGAAAUUAGAAAAUAUUUUGAACUGAAUAAUGAAAACAAAAUUUGUAGGGUUCAGUUAAGAGCUGUGCUUAUAAGGAAACUUAGAGCUAUAAAUGCUUCUAUUAGAACAAAUGAAAGAAAAUCACUGAUAAAGGUUUCUACCUUAAGCUAAAAAAAAGCAAAAUAAACCCAAAGUGCAGAAAAUAUUACAGAAAAAUCUAAGAAGCUGAAAGUUCUAUGAAAAAACACACAUGCACAAAAAUGGACAAAUCCCUAGCUAAACUGAUGAAGGGACAAAAGAGGAGACAAAUUACCAAUAUCAGGAAUGAAAGAGGGGAUAGCAUUACAGGUCCUGUACAACAUGGAAAAGAUAAAGGAAUGUUAUGAAAAAUUUUAUGAUAAUAAAACAACUUGGAUGUAAUAUACGAAAUCUUUGAAAAAUGCAACAUACCCACACUGAAACAAGAUGAAAUGUAAAGGCUUCAUAGGUCCAAUCAAAGGAAUUGAAUCUAUAAAUCAAAUGCUACCCUAAGCAAACUCUUGGCUCAGAUGAUUUCACCAGUGAAUUCUAUUAAAUCCAGUCUUACAAAAAUUUUUAAAAAACAGGAUCAAGAACUUCCCAUUAUGCCAUGAAGAAAAUGAAAGUCAAUCUACAGAUUGAGAAUAUAUUCACAAGAUACAUCUGACAAAGGACUUAUAUCCAGAAAAUAUAAAAAACUCCUACAACUCAAUAAUAUAAAAACUAAUAACCCAAACAACAACAUACACAAACCAAAUGAAACAAAAAAUGGGCAAAAAAUUUGGACAACUCACAAAGAUACAUGAAAGGCCAGUAAGCAUGUGACAACGUGCUCAUUGUCCAUCAUCAAGGAAACGCAAAAUAAAACCACAAUGAAAUACCCCUGUGUACACAUCAAAAUGGCUAAAAUUAAACAAUGACAACUCUAAAUACUGGCAAGAACAAGAAGCAACCAGAACUGUCAUGCAUCAUUGGUAGGAGUGUAAAAUGGGCCAUCCGCUUUGGAGAAAGGUCUGUCACUUAUCUCAUGAUACACAUUCUUCCCAGCAAUUCUACUCCCAUGUAUUACCCAAGAGGAAGGAAAAUGCCCACACAGACUUGUUGAUAACAUUAUUCAUAAAAGCCCCAAACGGAAACACCAUAUUCACAGUGGAAUACUAUUUAGCCACAAAAGGCAACAAACUACAUGCAACAACAUAAUCUCAAAAACAUUGUGCUGAACGAAAAGGGUUUUUACAGCUACAGUAAUUAAAACAGUAUGGUACUGGCACAAAAACAGAAAUAUAGAUCAAUGGACCAGGAUAGAAGGCCCAGAAAUAAACCCAUGCACUUAUGAUCAAUUAAUCUACCACAAAGGAGGCAAGAAUAUACAAUGGAGAAAAGAAAGUCUCUUCGCUAAGUGGUGCUGGGAAAACUGGACAGCUACAUGUAAAAGAGUGAAAUUAGAACAUUCUCUAACACAACAAAAAAUAAACUCAAAAUGGAUUAAAGACCUAAAUGUAAGACUGGAUACUAUAAAACUCCUAGAGGAAAACAUAAGCAGAGCACUCUUUGACAUAAAUUGCAGCAAUAUCUUUUUGGAUCUGUCUCCUAGAGUAAUGGAAAUAAAAACAAAAAUAAACAAAUGGGACCUAAUUAAACUUAAAAGCUUCCUCACAGCAAAGGAAACCAUAAACAAAACGAAAAGACAAAACUACAGAAUGGGAGAAAGUAUUUGCAAACGAUGCAACUGAAAAGGGGUUAAUUUCCAAAAUACACAAACAUCUCAUAACAGCUCAAUAUCAAAAAAACCCCCCAAACAACCCAAUCAAAAAAUGGGCAGAAGAUCAAAAGACAUUUUUCCAAACAAGACAUACAGAUGGCCAAAAGGCAUGUGAAAAGAUGCUCAACAUCGCUAAUUAGAGAAAUUCAAAUCAAAACUACAAUGAGGUAUCACCUCACAACAGUCAGAAUGGCCAACAUCAAAAAGUCUACAAAUAACAAAUGCUGGAGAGGGUGUGGAGAAAAGGGAACCCUCUUGCACUACUGGCGGGAAAGUAAAUUGAUACAGCCACUAUGGAGAACAGUAUGGAGGUUCCUUAAAAAACUAAAAGUAGAGCUACCAUAUGAUCCUGCAAUCCCACUCCUGGGCAUAUAUCCAGAGAAAACCAUAAUUCAAAAAGGUACAUGCACCUCAGUGUUCAUUCAUUGCAGCAUGAUUUACAAUAGCCAAGAUAUGGAAGCAACCUGAAUGUCCAUCGACAGGUGAAUGGAUAAUGAAGAUGUGGUACAUAUGCACAAUGGAAUAUUACUCAGCCAUUAAAAAGAAUGAAAUAAUGCCAUUUGCAGCAACAUGGAUGGACCUAGAGAUUACCAUACUAAGUGAAGCAAGCCAGACAAAGACAAAUAUAUGAUACCGCUUAUAUGGGGAAUCUAAAAAACUGAUACAAAUAAACUUAUUUACAAAACAGAAAGACUCACAGACAUAGAAAACAAACUUACGGUUACCAAAGGGGAAGGGGGGAGAUAAAUUAGGAGUUUGGGAUUAAAAUAUACACACUACUAAAUAUAAAAUAGAUAAUCAACAAGGACAUACUGUAUAGCACAGGGAACUCAGUAUUCUGUAAUAACCUAUAAUGGAAGAGAAUGUAUCACUCUGCUGUAUACCUGAAAUGAACACAACAUUGUAAAUCAACUAUAUUUCAACAAAAAUUUUAAAAAAAAUCAGUGAGGAGACAUAAAAAAAUGAAACUGAAGAAAAGAGCUUUAUACAAAAGGACUAAAUACUGUAUGAUUCCAUUUCUAUGAAGUUCCAGAACAGGCAAAACUAAUUUAUGGUGAAAAAGAUGAUAGUGGGUGCUUCAGGGGGCUGGGGUUGAGGGUGAGGCUGAGUAUAACUUGGAAGUAGCCUGAGGGACCUAUCUGAGACGAUGGAAGCAUUCUGUAUCUGGAUAGGCACUUGGGAUAGAUAGGUAUAUACUUUUCUCAAAACUUACCAAAUGGACUUAAAAUUUGUAGUUUCACUGUUUGAAAAUCUUUACCUAAAGAAAGAGCAAAAAAUAAAAUGUUAAAUUAUCAUUGUGGUAGCUUUUCAAUGAUUUUCAGUAGUCCUAAAGACACCCAGAAAAUUGCCUGUUCAGUUUAGUAACUGACAGUUAUUAAACUUUUAUAUACAUGCCACAUACUGUGCUAAUCCUUUGCUCCGCAUUCCUCUUUAAUUAAGAGCCCUACGAAGGUAAGGACCCUUAUUAGCCCAGUUUUACAGAUGAGGAAAAAUGAGGCUCAGGAAAGGUACCUUGUCCAAUGUCAUACAGUACUCACCACCUCAAACUCUGCACAGAAUUUGAAUUUCUUCUGCUGAUGAAUAAUUACCUCUGCCCCACUCAAACUUGACAGAGUAAGAGAAUAAAAUGCAAACUAAAUCUGCGCAAUAAAUAUUACUGAUUUUUGGCUGAA